AUUCCUAGUUUUGUUGCGUGGCAGCAGAUAAGAUGCCAGAGCACUGUGGAGCAUUUUCCUGUUCUAAUCGCCGGACCACCGAAAAUAGGGCUUUUCACAACACUGACGCCCGUGGCGUUCUCCCAGCUCCAUGACUUCAUCUUCGUGCCUCUGAAAUUGAGCUGGUCCGAGGCUCAGGCCUUCUGCAGAGAGCAUUACACUGAUCUCGCCACCGUCAGUGACAAGGAGGACAACGACAAUCUGUUGAAAGUCAUGGCAAACGCAACAAGUUGGAUCGGACUCUAUCGGACUUCGUCAGCAUCUCCUUUAAUCUGGUCGGAUCAGAGCGGAUCCACGUUUUCAGACUGGGCUGCUGGCCAACCCAACAAUUACGCUGGUAUACAGUGGGAAGAGGAGACAGAUCGUGAGACUGGAGGUGAAAUCAGGUCAAGAUCUGAACGAUCCGGAAGUGAAGAAAGAGAUUUUAGCGAAGAUGGAGCAGAUCCUGAAGGAGAAGGGGAUGUCAGGAGGAGCUCAACUUUCAUGGAGAACCCAAUCCGAUGGGAAUGUCUUCCAGACGAAGGACCCGAAGAGUGACGCCCCUAAACAGAAAAGAAACUGUGAACAAGCUUUUAUUUAAUCAUGUUAGUUAUUUACUGGGCAAAAAAAGCAGAGGAUCUAUGCUCUUCUAUCUUUCUAAGGGUGUCUUGGUUAACUAUUAACUCUUCUGUAUUUAUUAUUCUUUGUUCAGGGUUGUUUAACCCUUAUGCUGCAUUAGGGACAUUUUUGGUCUUUUGCAGUUUAAUUUCUUUGACC